AGCAAGAUAUGAGAUAUUGUUGAAAAAUCAAAUAAUCUAUAGGAGCUAAUUAAGGCCAAUACUGUUCCUGCAACACCAUGGGGAACAUGCAGAUGCUGUAAAUAAAGUUGGGAGAUUAAGGAUAGAAACCAAACUUUUCAAAAAUGGAUGAUAAGUCAAUUGCUCUUCCACUGUUAUUAAAGAAGCUGUUGAUCUGGUACACACCUGUAGUUAGUUCUACGUUCUUCUUGUUCGUAGUUGUCUUUCAAUGUACAAACUCUUACAGUAAGUCAGGAAUUAAGAUAUAAGAAGUGAUAUGCUUCCCUCAGGUUCCUAUUAUCCUUCCAAAAGCAGUGCACUCCAGGCCUUUUACUUAUGAAAUAUAUCCGCACUGCCCAAGUAUUAGCUUUGUAUAAAGUGUCGUGCUUCUUGACUGCGGAUACAGCUUACCGAAUCAGAGAACGUGCACGUUCAAUCUGUUGUUAGUAGAUUUACUUUGGAUCAUGCAUGCUUGAACUAGCACUUAUUUUAUAUGAAUUUGUGGGUGUUCAUACCAUGCAUUUUGUAAGAGUAUGGGGCUUUUAGUGAUUAGACAAAUUUACGUGGUGGCGAUAUGUGAAUUUCUGCCAGAGGCAUCAAAGUCUUUUACAAUGAAGCAGCUGAUGAUGAAUGUAAGAUAUUCAAGCGAACUGUGUGACAAUGGCAGAUUACAAUCUGGAGUCCAUAAGAUAUUCGUGGGGAUGUGUCAAGGAAAGGUUGAAAAGACAAUGCAGCCCUGGCAUUGUGUGUUAAAGCGUCGUUCCCUAUGCUGAAGUACCCAAUCUUUUUCUCUGCAUUCCUUGUUUAUCAGGGUGAAGCAAAGCGUAUUUGGUUGAAAGACCAAAAUAGCCCUAACGAUGUGUGUGAAGGCGGAGAGGCCUAUGAUGUGCUCAUUUUUCUUCCUUUCCAAUUAAUUUAUUGAAUAGCUGCGCGAGACAUACCCUAUUUGCCUUCGUCCUUCCUCUGGCGGUAGAUCAGCUUUCUGGUGGUACUUCAUGUCAGGGUUUAUAUUAAGCCCAGGACACACGAGAUAGUUGCUGCAACAUUAGCUGUUUCAGAUUAGUGUGUAACUGCUAAAGCUGACCCACAGGUGAAAAGAUGAAUCACGGUGAGAAUAUGGAGUCCAAUAUUGAUUAUCACAUACAAGAUGAGGCAGAAAGGCUGCUUAAAGAGAUUGAACUGAUGACGAAGAAUGUUGAGAACUCUAAAUUAUAUGCUGAAUUGUGCUUCGAUCUUGAACAGAAUGAAACAAUUCAACAACAUCUGUUUCGCCAUUUAGGCUCCCAUUCACGCAUUCAGCUGGUAAUCUAUUCUUUGGGAAGCAUGGGAUACAGUUUUCAUUCACAGUUUCAGCUUGCCAUAGUUCUCCUAUUAAAACGAAAUUUUUCCAAUCUGAUUGGCAAUAUAGAAGUAUAUGAUCCUGCAAUGUCUCCCACUGAUAUCAUAGUUUUCAAGGAACUCGGUAUUGAGGUUCUAACCAUUGAUGAAAAUUGUAAGAGGCAAGUCCAGAAACCAACAAUGUUCUACAUGCCUUAUCCUGAUUAUAAUCUUAUUGGCAACCUGCUGGGAGCAAACUGGUCUUCGUCUUGUAUCAACCAGAUUUUUCUAUUGACAAACUCAUUUCGCAGUACAUUGAACGUUAUUCGACAGUGUGAUUUUAGUGGAGAAACUGUGCAACGUCUAGAGAGAAUUUUCGGUUUCACAACAGAAAUUGACAUACAAACUAGCUAUGACAUGAUGUAUAUUAGUUUGUUCUCAGUAUUUUCUUGGCAUUUCUUUGAUGUGGAUCCCGACGUUGACAUGGAAACUUCACUGCCUGUGACUGAAAUUACAGAAUAUAAAAGAGAUGUCAAACUGGGACGUUCUUGGUUGGAUAUGCAAAGGUGUCUUGAAGAAAAUCUUUUGGAAUAUAUGCAAAGUGAUAUGACUAGUGAGGAAUUAGCGCAAAUUUUUGGUGAACAUCGUGGGCCUCGUCAUUUAAGAUGCAACUCAGUUCCUCCUCCUCCAGGUUGGAUUAACCUAAACAUCUAUGGAAUUGGUAAAAAGGGUGAUCAGCCAGGACGAUAUAGUGGUGCCUUUCAAGAUGAAACUGGAAUGUGUUUAGGUAGGUAUAGUGGUACCAUUCAUGUUGACGACAAUGUGAUUGCUGGACUGGAGGCCUUGAGGCACGGGUUAAUCAGAUGCACGGAAGGAAAGCCGAAUGCACAAAAGUUGAUUGUGGAGUCCGAUAAUUUAUACUUGUCCAAUUUGUUAAUCGUCGCCCUGAGCCAAAAGAAAUAAUCAUGUCCAGGUUGAAAGAAAUUUUUGGCUUGAUGGAGCGUAUAACUUGUGUAAUUUACCAUGUGUAUGAAGAAGCCAAUGAAGCUGCUAGAGACUUGGCUCUGAGAGAUGAACGUGAUAAUCGUGCAUAGAUAGCUUUGUUCAAACAGGUUUCAAAUUCAAUUCGCAUUUUAUGGAAAAGCGAUGUUUUGGUUUGUCAAGGAGAGACUUGAAGAAUGGAUGUUUAAGUUGUCAGGAUAAUUUACAUUUUAACUUUUGUUUAAUUUUGCUUUGGAUGUUUAGGAUGAUAUACCCUGCCUGGUCUAACUUUAUUUUUAACAUAAUGGUCUCU